AUGUCAUUCGGACGAGGAGCUCCGCGCGGUCGCGGCGGUGGUGGUUUCGGUGGUCGCGGCGGCGGCGGCCGUGGUGGCUUCCAGAACAGAGACAUGGGCCCGCCCGCGACAAUCCUUGAGAUGGGCAAGUUCAUGCACGCUUGCGAAGGCGAGAUGAUCUGCGAGAGCAUCAACCCCAAGGUUCCUCACUUCAACGCUCAGAUCUUCCUCGAGAACAAGACUGCCGUUGGCAAGGUCGACGAAGUCCUCGGACCCAUCAACCAGGUUUACUUCACCAUUAAGCCCUCCGAGGGUAUCCAGGCCACUUCCUUCAAGGAGGGCGACAAGUUCUACAUCGGAUCCGAGAAGCUCCUGCCAUUGGAGAAGUUCCUGCCCAAGCCUAAG